AUGGUGUUUGGAAUCGUCAUGAUGGCGGCAAUGGUGCCGACCAUGAUUGGCGUCAAUGAGGCGACUAAAGGCACCAGGGAUCAUGAAGAUCAGCGGCGGAAAAAUGCGCGGGCACAGCGAUCCCAUCUUCUGGUUCAAUGUCCAUCCUAUGAGGGGGAACUGCAGCAGAGAAUGGCAGUCCACAACGCACAAGUAUACUUGGGUGCAGAUGGCAAACUUUCACUCUUUAAUGGCGGAUUCUAUCCACACCCCGACUUUCCACCCGAUAAUACGGCAGGGUUUGUUACCAUCUCAGGUGAAACACCUCCGACUCUGCGUUGGCUUUACGUUGAUUCAGAGACUCAUGAGGUGCGUUGGGGUGGUCGACAAGAAAGCCAGGGGCAUGUCUGCGGCCCUUUUGACUGGACAAAAGAUGAAGCACGGGUCACAUUGCAGGGUUGGGAAGGUUGGCUGGCUGUGCGGCUUCCGCGCGACGAAAUGUAUGCGAAGGAGUUAGGCAUGGAAGACACCAAAGGGCUUUGGAGGCUUUAUUUUGAUCAGAAUGACGAUGGAGCUGAUCUCCCCCCAAGCGCUGAGGUUCUAGAAGUCACACUCAAUAGAACUAUGGCCGAAUCUUGA